AUGAUGUUCUUCCUCGUAGUCCUGCCCUUCCUCCUGGUGAACGCUAAACCUGAUUACCAACCAUGCAUGCCCCUUGAUGAUUUGGAAAAAGUGAUUACGAAGUUUCUCAAUAGGACUAAUCUGGUAUGGGAAUAUUUGAUAGCAGUAUUAGCUCAAGAACAAAUACUGUAUCCAACACCACCGUACAGCCUUCUAUAUCGCAGAGUACAUGCCACGAAAGCAAUCUACAAUCUAACUGCACCCAUGGAAGACAAAGUACGUGAGACGCUGAAUAACACCGAGAUAACCAGAAUACACGUAAGUCACUGA